AUGCAAUUCCUGCUUUCAAUCCUCACUGUGGCCGGCGCUGCAUUCGCUGGUGUGAUCUCCCGUGCCGAGGGCACGGAGGUCACCAACAUCCCCGUUGGUGAUAACAAUGCAGAUGCCUCGAUCCAGGCCAUUACGCACCUGUACAUCUGCUCUGACGCCAACUUUGCGGGUCGUUGUCAGAACUUGGAGUCAAACACGGGCCAAUGCUGUAAGCUUGAUUGA